AUGCUUUCAUCUUCUCAUUGCAAAAAAGUCGAAUUGAGAGCAGAUGCAUUAAGAAAGAUGGAUAAGCUAAAGCUACUCCAACUCAAUCAUGUAAAAAUCAACGGAUCAUACAAGAAUUUUCCAAAAGGUUUAAGAUGGUUGUGCAUGCGUGGAUUCCAUUCAAAAUUCAUACCUUCAGACUUACCAAUGGAAAAUUUGGUUGCUCUUGACAUGCCUUACAGUAAUCUCACACAGCUUUGGAAGAAGCCAAAGAUUCUUAAUCUGAGUAAUUCCAACCUUGUUAGAGUCGAAGGCUUCUCCGGGUUACCUGCACUUGAGAGCCUUCUUGUUCUUGACUUGAGCUACUGUGAUAAGCUUAGUAAUGUUCCAAUUGGCAUCAGCAAGUUAAAGAAUGUUAGAAGUCUAUCAUUAAACGGUUGCUUAGCUGCUAGUGAAUUUCUAAUGCGGAUGAAGGAUAUGGAGUCAUAUGCAUAUUCCUCUUCUGUUGGAGAAUUUAUACCGAAAACUCCAAAAUCAAUUUUGCUACCUUCACUAGUAACCUUGUCGCUUGUAGGCAGUAAUUUAUCUAAUGAAUCCUUUCCAAAGAACUUCGGUAGCAUGCCAAUGUUGAAGGCAUUAUGUCUAAGGAAGAAUCCAAUUGAUUCCCUGCCUGAUUGUGUGAGAAGCCUUAGUAGGCUUGAGUCGGAGUCACUGACAGAAAUUCAAGGCAUAAUCAAAUUUCAAGCUAUAGCACAAAUUGAGGACCAGAUAUUAUGUAACUUGGGGUGGAUAAAUUUACAACAUGUGAAAGAUCAAAGGAUCCGGAUAUCGGAGUCAUCCUUAUGGUCUCGUGCAAAGAAACUCCCAAUUCCAGUCCAGAUGUUUUACGAAUUUGGAAUAUUUAGCACAUGUUCUCAUGGGAAAGCAGUUCCGGAUUGGUUACAUCAUAAAAGCAAGGGUUCAUCAAUAUCAAUAGCCAUGCCAUCGUCUUCAAUGAAUAAGAGUAUACAAGGAAUAAAUAAGCUUUGUGCAUACAUUUCCAGGCAUAGGAAAGCAAAGUCGUUUAAAAAUAAAAAUAUGGUAUGGUUAAGUCAUUGGAUGUUUGGGAAUGAGAUAAAAAAUGGUGAUGAAGUUUGUGUUACAAUAUUAGAAAAUAAACUAUAUGGUGGAGUAAUGGUAAGAGAGUGUGCAAUCGGUCCUGUGUACACUGAUAAGGACAAUAAUGAAGAAGAUCCUUUGAGUUAUUACAAGUCGUGGAAACAUAUUAUUGGUGGUGAUCUGUCCGACUUUCAAGUAGCCGCAGGAGAAUCUAUUUGUGUUCUCCAUCAUAGUCAUGAUCGGUUUACAGCACCACUCCUUCUCAGUUUAUCUUCUCCAUAUAUGGCUCGGUUUUCAGAUCUAUCACCAGAAAACCCACCUCAACCACACCCUUUAGUAUCAUGGUAUAUCUUCAACAUAUGGGCUCCAAUCGAUCUCGUCGCGUCCGUUAGAAAUCACCACCAUUCUCAAAUUAAGUAA